ACUAGGACCUGAAUCCUUAUUCACUAAGGGCUGGCAAAAUCUUCUAUAUAAGGAUUUCUACAGGUAGGAUUUCACUCACUCGUCAAAUUCUGAUUUCUAAGCGGCUUUCCUUUUCUUUCUUUCUUCUGUCAAGCAAGUCACUUAACGAUCAAGCAUCACACGUACAUACUCCUUUGAAAACAAUUCACUCUGGAAAUUCAGUAUGUCGUUAAGGAUGAUGAACUACCACAACCCCAUAUCCCGUAAUGUUUCAGAGCGUCAAAUUUGGGGCACUUCGUAUGUCCACUGUAACGUUUACCAAUUUCUUCGAGUUCGCAUUCCAAUGGAUGACAAUUACUGGGAGAGCUUUGUGCCAGAAGCAACAAGACAGGAAACUGUGUCUGUUCAAAUACCCACGAUCAAUUUAUUGACAGGUUCAUUGGACAGCAUGCCAUGUCUGGUUUGUAACUCUUCUCUUCUCUCUGAGCGAACAAUUCCAGAGGCCUUGCAUGUAAUUCUCAACCGAGAUUACUACUCGAUGGCUACACGCUUAGCUAGACACCAGUGGCCAUUACUCAACGCUCAAGAUUCUGGAAUGUCAAUCCAUAUGCGUCUAGAGGAUACUCGAACAGUUUCUUACGAGGGAUAUGAAGAUAUUCUUAGGAGGGCAGUGGAAGAAUCGAUGGAGUCUGAAAUGUCUAAGCCGGCUAUUGAAUCUUCUGUUGAAUCACUGGAAAAGAUGAAGUUUUGUGGUCCGGAGGAUGAGAAGUGUAGCAUAUGUCUAGAGGAAUUCAAUGUUGGAGAUGAACUAUGUCGUCUACCUUGCUCCCAUUUUUACCAUGAAGAUUGUAUCGUCCCAUGGCUGGAGAAGAGUCACACGUGCCCAUUGUGUCGCUUUCCCCUUCCACGCCAUCAAGAUUGAUUCUUGAUUAUCUUCUUCUUCUUUUGCCAUUACGAUUAAUGUAAUAGAUUUGUGACUAGAUUCAAUCCACUUCUGUAUCAAUUGAUAUUUCAAUGUAAAAUCA